AUGGGCUCACUUAGCGCCGUCCCAGCCACUAAUGGCAACCAUGCUGCUUUGAACGGUAGCGCAUCUACCAAUGGCCAGCAUGUCAACGGAAGUACACAUGUCAAUGGCAAUCACUCGCUCAACGGCAGUGCCCAAGUUAAUGGACAUUCUGCAACAACAGCUAAUUUAGAGCCUAUUGCUGUUGUUGGCAUGAGUUGCCGUCUACCCGGUGAUGCGACAGACACCCAAAAGCUAUGGGAGCUGAUCACAAAGGGUCGCUCAGCGUGGUCAAAAGUACCAACAGAUCGAUGGAACCAAGAGGCCUUCCAUGAUCCCGCUGCUGAAGGCAAGCCUGGAAGAACGAGUACAGACGGUGGUCAUUUUUUGAAAGACGACAUCAAAGCAUUUGAUGCCUCCUUCUUCGGAGUAAACCCCAUUGAGGCAACAGCUAUGGACCCUCAGCAGAGACUGGUUCUCGAAAUUGCAUACGAGGCGUUUGAAAAUGCUGGUCUUACCCUCCAACAGCUGUCAGGGUCUAAUACCGGUGUCUAUGUCGGUCUGUGGGCCUCGGACUACCAGGAGAUGCUCCUCAGAGACAUUGACUUUCCACCCAUUUAUCAAGCCAGUGGUGUUGGGGCUGCUAUUGCCUCUAACCGUGUUUCCUACUGCUUCAACCUCCAUGGUCCUAGUCUUACCCUCGACACUGGAUGCUCAGCCAGUUUGGUUGCCCUUCAUCAAGCCGUCCACAGUCUCCGUGCUGGAGAGACAGACAAGUGCUUUGUGGCUGGUGUCAAUCUCCAGCUCGAUCCUCAACGAUAUGGCUAUCAAAACAAGCUGAGCAUGUUCUCCAAACAGGGCAAGUCUUUCACAUUUGACCACCGUGCCAAGGGAGCCAGUGGUUACGGCAGAGGUGAAGGGUGCUCUGGAGUUGUCCUCAUGCCUCUUUCCAAGGCCCAGAAGCAGGGCUUUCCUAUCAGGGCCGUUAUUCGAAACUCGGUAGCGAACCAGGAUGGAAAGACCAACGGUAUCACUGUUCCAAGUGCUGCAGCGCAGUCUGCUGCCAUUGAGAAAGCCUACGCUCAGGUUGGUCUGACACCGUAUGCGGACUAUGUCGAGGCUCACGGAACGGGUACCACUGUUGGUGAUCCCAUUGAGGCCAAGGCCAUCGCCAAGGUUCUCGGUGCUGGUCGACAGUCAGACUCACCACUUCCCAUCGGCUCUCUCAAGGCCAACAUUGGUCAUACUGAGAGUGCAGCUGGUCUCACUGGUCUCGUCAAGGCGGUGCUCAUGCUCGAAAACAACAUGAUUCCACCCCAAGUCAAUUACGAGAAGCCGAACCCAGAGAUUGACCUGGACGCUCUGAACCUCCGAAUCCCAAUAUCUCUUGAGAAUAAACCUCUCAAGAGAAUCUCGGUCAACAGUUUUGGUUAUGGUGGAACCAACGCCCAUGUCGUUGUGGACGCUGCAGACGCUAUCCCAAUAAAGCCAACAAACACUGAUUCUCAAGAGACUAAAGAUACACUAAGGGUUAGGGAACAACUAUUCGUUCUUAGUGCUGCCAGCGAAAAGUCCUCACAGGAUCUGGUAUUGAAUGUGGCCAAGUAUCUUGAGAGCAAGGCCGAUGCAGCUGAUACAGAUGCAUUGUUGAGCCGUCUCGCGUACACUCUGAGCAGAAGGACUGUCAUGGAGAACAGAAUCGGAGUUGUUGCCUCAGACUUGGCCGAUUUGGUUGAGCAAUUAACCAAACUGUCCAGCGAAGGCAUACCACGUGCCGACCGCCAGACAUCCCCUCGCAUUGGCUUCGUUUUCAGCGGCCAGGGUGCCCAGUAUCCUCGCAUGGGCCAGAGUCUGCUGGGAACAUGGCCUACUUUUACCUCCAGUAUGAAGCGAGCCGCUGAGUGCGUAAAGGCAUGUGGAAGCUCGUGGGACCUACUUGAGGAGCUGCUCAAGGAUGCCUCCGAAAGCCGAAUGGAAGACCCCUGUAUCGCACAGCCCAUGUCUACAGCGGUUCAAAUCUCUCUCGUAGACGCCCUCAAGGACCUUGGGGUCAUUCCGACUGCUGUAGUAGGACAUUCAAGCGGUGAGAUUGCUGCUGCUUACUGCGCAGAAGCCAUCUCAUUUGAGGAUGCUAUGACGGUAUCUUACCACCGUGGUCGUCUGACUAGCGAGUUGAGACUAGAGAACAAGGGCAAGGCCGGCUCGAUGAUUGCAGUCGGUGCAUCGGCCGCAACUGUCAAGCAGUCCAUCGACCAACUCGGUACCGCUGCUGCCAACAGGAUUACCAUUGCCUGUCACAACAGCCCUGCAAGCGUGACAGUGUCUGGCGAUGCAGAUGUCAUUGAAUCUUUGAAGCAGCGACUAGACGAGCAGGAUAUCUGGAACCGACUUCUUCGUACUGGAGGAGCAGCUUACCACUCACCCCAGAUGCUCCAGAUCGCUCAGAAGUAUCACGAGGCUAUCAAGGACGUAUCUGGUAGUGUACCUGCAUCCAACGUUGCCAUGGCUUCAUCUGUAACUGGCGAGGACCAGGGUGAUAAGCCGAUUACUCGCGACUAUUGGGUUCAUAACUUGGUCUCACCCGUCCGCUUCACCGACGCUUUAAAGAAGACUUGCGUCGGUGAAAAUGGCACACGAAAGGUCGAUUUACUUCUUGAGCUGGGAUCCCACUUCCAACUGGAGAGUCCCAUCAAGCAGACCUUGCGAACAUUCACUGGAGAGGCGGCAAAGGUUCAUUAUACUGGGUCUUUGAAGCGAGGCGAGGAUGCUCAGCUUAGCAUGUUGCAGAUGCUGCGCUCUCUCUAUCUCCAAAAGUCUCCCGUCGCCUUUUGGAAGGUCAAUGCUGGUUUCGGGGCUACCUUUCAACUCCUUACAGAUCUUCCACCUUAUCCGUUUGACCACUCCAAGACAUACUGGCAUGAGGGUCGGGUGUCCAGGGCAUACAAGCAUCGCCAGAACCUACCGCAUGAGCUCCUAGGUACUCUUGUCCACGACAACAAUCCGCAGGAACCCAGAUGGCGUUGCCUCCUCAACCUGAAGGAUGUCCCUUGGUUGAGCGGUCACAUAAUUCAAGGGCAAACAAUUUUCCCAGCCACAGCAUACCUAUCCAUGGUCUUCCAAGCAGCACGACAGGACAUGGCUGCGCGCAACCCCCAGGCAUCUAUCAACCGAUUCAUUCUCCGCAACGUCACCUUCUCACAGGCGCUUGUCAUGGAGAACAACAAGACCGACCUCGAGAUCAGCUUGUCCCUUCGACCUCAGGCAAUCUCGGCGAGGAAGUCAUCCCAGCAGUGGCAGGAGUUCCGUAUCUUCAGCACAUCCGCUGAUGAUGUUUGGAUCGAACAUGUCCGUGGUCUUGUUCAAGUUAUUCUCAAGUCAGAGGCCGUUCAGGAGGACAGCUUUGUGCCCACCAGGAUCACGCUGCCCCCUCAUGCCCAACACAUCCCAGCCAACCAGUUCUACCACAGAGCAAGGGACAUUGGGGUCAACUGGAGUGCGCCGUUUGACAACUUGAAUGAUAUCAAGAUCGCUGCUGGGUCUUGUAUCGCAGACUCGUCUUUUGUGGCUGGUCCCAGUGCCGGUGCUUGUGAGAAGGACUACGUUAUCCAUCCCGGUGUCAUGGACGCUAUCCUCUACCACGGCAUGAUGGGUGUUCUUAUUUUUGAUGAGAAUGAUAAGUCUCCUGUGGUACCGACUUUCAUCGAAAAGAUGAUUGUCGCAGAGCAAGACCAGGCCAAGCCCAUUGAAGAGGUGACAUGUCACGCUGCUCGAACUGAGAGUGCACUUACCUUUGACAUUGGCAUUUUUGAGAAGAACCACGAAGAUAACAUGGUUCUCCAAGCCUGGGGAGUUGUCGCGACCAAGUUGCCUGACGUAUCCAUCGGCGAAGGUCGCAAGCGAGACUUGUGCCACGUUCCAGAUUGGGCGACUUACUUGCCAAAGACUACUCAGGAGUACAUCGAUGGCCUGUGCAAGAAAUCGCUGGAUGACCGUUCAAUCAUCCCUGAGAUCAAGGCUUUGGAGGCCAUGACUGUGCACUACGUCAAGCAGGCCCUGGCUUCGACACCAGAAGACGAGGUAGCCGAAGGUUAUCAGCGCAACUGGUACAAUUGGAUGAAGACACUCGCCGACCAGGAACCCGACCCAGAGUAUCUCAAAGCAGGUGAGGAAGAUGAUAGCGUCUCUGCACAAGUCGCACGGCGUCUAGGACCACGCUUGGGCGACAUCCUCCGAGGCACCACUCAUUCCCUAUCUAUCCUGAAUGAGGACAGUAUGUUGAGCGGCCUCUACCUGGAAGGCGGUAACGUUCGCUGCAUCUCGCAGAUUGCCACGUACAUGGGCGAGCUUGGUCGUCUGAAUCCCAACAUGAAGAUCGUCGAGGUUGGUGCUGGUACUGGAUCAGCCACCUUGCCUGUCCUACAGGCUCUGCAGGCCCCCAACAGAGUGCUGGCAUCUCAGUACGAUUUCACCGAUAUCUCACCUGGUUUCUUCCCUGCUGCUCGCGAGCUUCUCGCCGACUAUGAAGGCGUUGUCCAGUACAAGAUCCUGAAUGCUGAAAAGACAGCCGAGGAGAACGGUUUUGAGCCCAACAGCUACGAUGUUCUCAUCGCCUCCAACGUUCUCCACGCUACUCCUUGCAUAGACGCCGUUCUUGAGAAUGUCAAGACUAUGCUUCGCCCAGGUGGUAAGCUAAUUCUCAUGGAGCCCACUGAGAAUCUUCCUCACUAUGGUCUUGUCUUUGGCUCUCUUGCUGGUUGGUGGGCGGGUGUUGACGAGGGCCGAACUCUUUCGCCCAUGCUUUCGCGCUCCCAGUGGAUCGAGACACUCUCAAAGAAUGGCUUCAUCAACAAUGGACCCAUCUUUGAGGAUUACCCUGUCGCUGAGGGCGGUUCCAUCCAUGUCUUCGUGUCUGAAGUCCCCGUCCCGGCCUCGACUGAAGCACCCCUGGAUGUUGACAUUGUAUCCUACUCUGGAGAGGCUACUUACACAGAUUUUGCUGAAAGGCUCCAGAAGAAUCUCUGGGAUCGCUCAGUUCAGUCUUGUAAUGUCUCCUCAUCUAUGUCUGGAGACAAGUUGAGCGUCAUCAUGCCCGACUUUGUCGAUCGUGUGGCCUGGGAUAUGGAUGGCCCACUCUUCGAGUCGCUCAGAUCUCGUGUCGCUGGCUCCAAGGUCAUCAUAUUCGUGAUGUGCACGGCCAAGUCAAAAGAGAAACGACCUAGUGGUGACUGGAUCUACGGUUUCGUCCGAUCGAUUCGCUAUGAGUACGCCUCUGUACGUCUAGUCACUCUUGAGCUCGAAAGCGGAUUAGAGGCUGGUGUUGACGCCCUCAAGACGAUCUUGAACAGUCCGACAGCUGACCUGAGCCUUCCCCUUGAGGAUAUUGAGCUUGAGUACAUGGAGAGGGAGGGUCAGAUAUUUGUUUCGCGUGUCCGUUCGGAGCCCAAAUUUGACAACUAUGUCAGCCGUGAUCUGGGCAGGGCUGGCUCUGAGGAGGCUCUAUUCCUUAACGAGAGGCCCAUGUCAGCGGAGCUAGGCGUUCCAGGUGUGCUUGACACUAUUCGCUGGGUGGACAACCCCGAGAUUACCGGACCGGUGGAUCCUGAUUGUGUGAGACUUCAACUCUGUGCCGCCAGUAUCAACUUCAAAGAUGUUCUAGUUGCCUCCGGUCAGCUUGAGGGCAUCACUCAGAUGCGCAAUGACUGCAGCGGUAUCGUGCUCGACGUUGGCGCCAACAUGACUGACAAGUUCAAGGUCGGCGAUCGUGUCUGCUCUCUCUAUUCACAGUCUUUCACGAACUAUCCCAUGGUUCAUGGCUUGUGCUGCCACGUGAUUCCCGAUGAUAUGGACUUUGCAGAUGCGGCUUCCAUACCCCUUGUGUGGAGCACUGUCUACUACUGCUUGAUCACCAUUGCGAGACUGCAGAAGGGUGAGAGUAUACUCAUCCACUCAGCUGCUGGGGCAGUCGGCCAAGCAUCCAUCAUGCUGGCGCAUCACAUUGGCGCCGAGGUAUUUGUUACAUGCGGCAACGAUGCCAAGGUGGAACUGCUCAACACUGAGUUUGGUAUUCCAAGGGAUCACAUCUUCUCCAGCCGUACAACCGUCUUCCGCGACAAAAUCCGCGCAAUGACCAACGGCAACGGAGUUGAUGUCGUCCUCAACUCCCUUGGGGGUGAAAUGUUCCGCGAGUCUUGCAACACCCUGGCAGCACAUGGUCGCUUCGUCGAGAUUGGCCGCAAGGAUCUUAUGGAGAACGCCCUCAUGCCCAUGGAGUUCUUGUUGAACAACAUCACUUUCUCCUAUGUCGACUUUGCGCACAUCCUUGCUACUAGGACAGCGCUGGCUAGCCAGCUUCUUGGAGAUGUAAUGAAACUCUUCGCUUCUGGAGCUGUGCAGCAUGUGCGGCAGAUCAAGUAUCCCAUUUCGGAAAUGGCAUCUGCUUUCCGUCUGGUCCAAGCUGGCAAGCACACUGGUAAAGUCAUUCUGACAGUGGAACCGGACGUCAAGGUUCAAGUCGUCCCAUCAAAGCCUUCGCCUGUUCAGCUCAAGCCAGACGCUACAUAUCUUGUAGUUGGAGGCUUGGGAGGUUUAGGCAAAAGGCUUGUUGACUGGACUGCAGAGAAGGGAGCACGCAAUAUUGUCAUCUUCUCCAGAACUGCUCAGCCUGACGCAGAUGCCCAGAGCUUUUUGGACAAACUCGUAUCUAUGGGGGUCACUGUCCGCGUGGAGAAAUGCGACGUGAGCUCAGAAGAAUCUGUGAUCGAAGCCUUGGCCAGGAUUCAAGAAACCAUGCCUCCGAUCCGUGGAUUGUUCCAGGCUGCUAUGGUUUUGCACGAUAUCUUGCUAGAGCACAUGACGGUUGAGGAGUGGUGCAAGGUCACCGCACCCAAGGUACAGGGCACAUGGAACCUACACAAGUACCUGCCUGAAGACAUGGACUUUUUCGUUAUGCUUUCUUCGGUAGUAUCUAUGGUUGGUACUGUUGGGGCAGGAAACUACGCUUCAGCAUGUGCCUUUCAGGAUGGUAUCGCUCGCUACCGCCGACGACUUGGCUUAACGGCCUACGCAGUCAACAUUGGUGCCAUCGUCGAAGCUGGCUAUGUCAGUGAGAACCCAGAAGUCGCUGUCAACCUUCGCAAGAACGGUCUUGGUAGCGUUGCCAUUUCUGAGUUUCUGUCUCAUCUCGGCGAUGUAAUCCAGAACAAGACAGAGUACAGCCAGUCGUCGCUCGGCAUUUUGCCCAACGGAAAUGAGCGAGGUCUUGGAGAAGCACGCUGGGCGAACGACAAGAGACUUGCUCAGAUCUUUGGAGCUGAGACCCAGGCUGGUAACAAGACUGUUGGCGGCGGUGCUGACAAUGUUGGCUUUGCGCUUCAGUCUGCUACAACAUUCCAAGAGGCUCAGGAUAUUAUCUGUGAUGCGAUUGUUAAGCAGCUGGCCACUAUCCUGGCUAUCCAGUCAGACGAUAUCAUUCCUGCUCGAAGUCUGGACUCGUAUGGUCUGGACUCGCUGGUCGGUGUUGAAUUGAGAAACUGGAUUGGUGCUUAUCUGCAAGUUAACCUCCCUCUGUUGGUCAUGUGGAAUACCAGCAGUAUCAAUGAGUUGGCUGAGAUCGUGACCAAGGGAUCGAGACUGGUCAAGGUUAAGGUAGAGGACACGGAGGAAGAACAGGUUGAUGUAGUGAAGGAUUAA